AUUUUUUUUGUAAGAUUUACAAAACAACCCAUUUUGACAUAGUAGUAAAUAAACUGUUUUUAAUUGAUCGCUGUUCACAUAUCGUAUACAUACAUCAUGGUUGAUUAUUCGUCCGUGCGUAGCCUACUAUUAGGUCUUUUUGCAGGUUUCAUCACAUAUCAAGGGCUGAAUCUCUACCGGAAUCUCGGUGAUGUUUGGCUCAACUUCCAGAGCACCUGUGCAAUCAUCAAGCCAAAUGCAGUAGCGAAAGGAAAUGUGGGUGCUAUUCUUCAAAGGAUAGAUGAUGAGGGGUAUCAAAUCAUCCUCAAGAAGCAGGGUACUCUUUCUCAAGAAAUGGCCGCAAAAUUCUACGAAGAGCACGAAACGCAACCCUUUUUUCAAGAUCUUGUCGAUUUCAUGUCUAGCGGACCCAGUGUAGUCCUCGAAUUGCAAAAGAAAAAUUCCGUAUCGGAAUGGAGGAAGCUGAUCGGCCCUACAGAUCCGGCGGAAGCCAGAAAGGUGGAAAUCAACAGCCUAAGGGCUUUGUUUGGUGACGAUGUGACAAAGAAUGGCUUUCACGGCAGUGCGACAGCUGAAGAUGCGGCAAGGGAGCUUGGCUUGCUACUUGGUAGUGCAGGCCGUAAGCUGAAAAGUGUAGAUCGAAGAUACCACAACUUGGAAGUCCAACGAAAGUUGCAGGAGCAGGAUAAAGAGACAGUCGCGAAGUCUACUGCAGAGCCAGAGAUUCCCACAGCGAAGGGCGAAUUAUGAGUAGUCGGUAUAGGUGGUAAAUAAAUAAAUUACAAUCCAAUCUUUCACCACCUUGGGGAAGGAUCUGCAGUGAGCCUUGCAAGAGGUUUCAAGACCCCCACAAUGUUUUAUAGGU